AUGACAGCUAUUUGUGCUAUCAUCAUCCAAAAAUGGUGGCGUGGCACACUGGUCAGGCGCACUCUGCAACAAGCCACCAUAUAUGCCUUGGUGAUUCAGAAAUGGUGGCGCUAUGCUUUCACUCGGGCACAGGAAAGGAGAAGGAUAAUAGCACUGGUGAUAUACAUUUGGUCUGAGAAGACCACUGUCCUCUUGCAGUCGAUGUUGAGGAUGUGGCUUAUGAAAACCCGGUACAAGAAGUAUCAACGUGCAGCCCAGGUCAUUCAAAGUAACUGGCGGCUCUACAGCUUCAGGAGAGAGUCCAGUCUCUAUGCUCUCAAAAGCCUGACUCAUGAUGGCGUAGACUUGAACAUUGAGAUUGUUAUUGGGUAAAAAGACCCCAUGGAGUAGGUAGAAAAGGCUGCUCACACAGCCAGACAU